AUGGCAACCACCGCCACCUACUCCUCCACCGCGCAGAUCCCCUUCCUCUCCCCGGCCGAGCUCUCCUACCUACACACCUCCCUUUCCUACCCGCACAACCCAAUCCGCACAGAUGGGCGCGCCGCAACGCAGUUUCGCCCACUAACGGCGGAGACGGAUAUUCUCCCAGGCGCCAACGGGAGUGCGCGCAUUGGAUUUGCGGAUGGGACGCAGGCGAUUGUCGGGGUUAAGGCGGAGAUCCUCCUUGUUUCCCCACCGCUCUCGUACCCCCUCCCGCUCCUCUCGCUAACAACGCAUCUUGCUCUCCUCUCCACGAAAUUACCUCGCCUCAUUUCCAAGGACGAAGAGGAUCCCAUGUUUGACGACGACUGGGCUGCUGCGGAGUAUCUAUACCCACGACGCCCAUCACGCACACAGGAACAGCAACAAAAAAUACCAAGUUCGGCAACAUCAGCUACGAAAACAACAACAACACCGUCCAUACUCCACCCCUUCCGUCCUCCCGUAACCCUCCUCGUAAUCUCCGUAGGCGACAACAUAAUCUUCGAUCCCAGCCGGGAAGAAAUCGCCGUUGCAGAAGCUGUGCUUGCCGUCUCCAUCGGGCGUGAUACUGCCACCACGCAGGAUGAAAGCACAGCCAACAACACCCUAAAACUCCUCUCCAUCCGCACCAUUGACCCGCCUUCCCGGAUAACAAAUCCAGGCGUCCAGAAUUCAGAAAAUGCAGCUACGAUUGGGUUUGCAGCUGGUGGCGGUGCAGGUGCAGGCGAGAACGAGAUGAACACGGCGAGGCCCGUGGGGGCAGCGGUUGAUACAGGGGAAGAUGUGGCUGGUGUUUGGAGGCCGAGGAGGGGCGGGGUGAAAAGGAGUGUCGUUUCGAGGAUUGUGGAGAUGGUUUUAAAGAAGGGCGGGGUUGGAGAGGAAGUUAUGGAGGGGUUGGAGGGGGGUGGAGGUUGGGUGAUUUUUCUCCAUCAUUUUAUGACUUGGGGUUGUUUGGGUGUUGUUCCUUUUUAA